AUGGCGGGCGACGAGCACUUCCUUCCUGUCAGCAGUAAUCAGAUCCUUGACACGCUGAUCAUGGACCCCGCGUGGGACUUCCCGCAAUUCCCCGCACUCCAUUCCCACACGGUGUCCCUGACGACAGGAGAUGGACCCUUCCUGCAUAUCCUGGAGCAACCCAAACAGAGAGGCUUCCGUUUCCGAUACGGCUGUGAAGGUCCGUCUCACGGCGGCCUGCCCGGAGCGUCCAGCGAGAAGAACAGGAAGACGUAUCCUACUGUUAAGAUCUGUAACUACCAGGGUCCAGCACGCGUGGUGGUCCAGCUGGUGACGGCGCUGACUCCGCUCCCUCAACUGCACGCCCACAGUCUGGUGGGGAAGCAGUGCGACAAUGGCGUCUGCAUCGUGGAUGUUCCUUCCAAAGACACCAACGUCACUUUUCCCAACUUGGGCAUCCAGCACGUGACCAAGAAGAAUGUGGCCAAGACAUUGGAGGAGCGUAUGACCGAAGCCUUCCGGAUGGGUUACAACUACGGCGUCAGCAUCCACCCGGACCUGGACGCCGUGCAGGGCGAGGGACGCGUGCCCCGCGAGCUGACCGAGCGCCAGCGUGGCGUCAUCGGCAGCGCCGCCUGCGCCCAGGCUAAGGAGAUGGACCUGAGCGUGGUGCGCCUCAUGUUCACCGCCUUCCUCCCCGACAGCGACGGCGGCUUCACCAGACCUCUGCAACCCGUCGUCUCGCACCCCAUCUACGACAGCAAGGCUCCCAACGCGUCCAACCUGAAGAUCGUCCGAAUGGACCGCACGGCCGGCUGCGUGAGUGGCGGAGAAGAAGUCUACCUCCUGUGUGACAAAGUCCAGAAAGAUGACAUCCAGGUGCGCUUCUUCGAGGAAGACGACUCGGGCCUGACCUGGGAAGCUCUGGGGGAUUUCUCGCCCACCGACGUGCACAGACAGUUCGCCAUCGUCUUCAAAACGCCCAAGUAUCGAGACCAGAACCUACAGAGGCCCGCUAACGUCUUCGUUCAGCUCAAGAGGAAGUCUGACAACGAGACCAGCGAGCCCAAACCCUUCACAUACCACCCGCAGAUCAUAGACAAAGAGGAGGUGCAGAGGAAGCGUCAGAAGACCUUGCCCAACUUGCAGGACUUCAGCGACCACAGCGGCAGCGGAGCAGGAGCGGGAGCUGGAGGAAGUUUGCACCGAGGAGGCCAAGGCUCUGCCGGAGGAGCUUUCAUGCAGGGUUUCUCCACCUUCAACUAUGGGAGAGGAGGAGCGGCAGUGGGCGGAGCUUGUCCCGGAGGAUACGCCGCCGCUCUCGGAGGAGGCGGAGUCAAACACGAAAUUUUGCCCGGCAACUGGGCGCACAGACCGGACGUCGACAAUGAAGAGGUGGCAGCGAGCGGCGGGAACGCGGCGGCCGUCUCCCUGCACGCAGCCGCGCGGACACCGCGGCUCCCUCUGAUGGCGAUGCAGGAGAAGGACGGAGACAUUGAGAUACACUCGGCCGGCCCGACCGGGACGCUCGCCGCUCUACCCGGAGACGAAGCUUUUGACGUGAGGAACCAUCUCUUCCAGGUGCUGGAGCUUCUAAGCGGUGAGGAGCAGCGUCCCAAAUAUCCCGACGUAGCUCUCGCGUCCUCGGGCGAAGGCCAUCCUGAGCGGCGAACCAAAGCCCAAAGGGAAAAACUGGCUGACACGCUGACCCGGGGAAUCCUCAAUGCCACCUUCACACUCAACCCGGACGCCAUCAAGACGCUCAUGGACAGUUAUGAGGUGUCUGGCAGCACGGCGCGAAACCCAGAAGCUACGCUCGGAUCGGCCGCUUCCCGCCUCGACGAGGUGCUGUGUUCCCGCGAUGACCGGCGCCUCCCCGCUGCACCGUUCUGUCACUUCCGGCCAGGGGAGGCCGAGGCCCUCGUGCGCGACGGCGGGGUGAGGCUUACGCUGGCGUGA